GGUCACACCGUUCUAUUUCGGUGCAUCACCGUUGACGCUCCUUCACAAUAAAAGCCUGUCGUGCUGCGUUCACGGCCCCCACGCGCUGAAGGGGGCGGAUUAACGGAUCUGUUGACGCUGCCGCGCGCGUUUCCCCGGCAGGACGCAGACUGGCGCGGGCGGGGAGUCGCUCCUCUUCCGCCUGACCUCCAGAGAUGCUGCUGGCGUUCCGACCGGGACGUAGGUUCUGCUGCCCGAACCCCCGCAGCGCGGCGGUUCCGCAUCCUCUGUGGCGCAUCACGGUCCCGGACUCAAAGCUGAAAUUCGGAUCGGGUUUAAGGUGGACCAGCUCAACUUUGGACCUGUUCGGAACGCGAAGUCUGCCUGAUCUAUUAUUGUAGUCAUGCGUGUCAGAACCGUAACGCUGGUCCACAUGAGAGACGGAAGCGUUUUGGUCCAAACGGAACCAGGCCUCUAAACGCCUUUAUUGGACCGCUUUACAUCCGCGUGCCUGCAGGGAAGAGUUCUGCUGAAGGAUCCAACAGAACCAUGGAAACCCAGGGACCGGGCCGGAGGAGAACCCCGAACCGGGACAAGCUGAGCGCGGAGGACGACGCGCUGACGCAGAUAGCACGUGAGGCCGAGGCCAGACUGGCGGUGAAACGAGCGGCGAGAGCCGAGGCCCGCGAGAUCCGGAUGAAAGAACUGGAGAGACAACAAAAGGAGCUGUUUCUUAGUCACAAGAGGUGUUACGGCGUGGAGAACAAGUGGGGGCACAUCGAGCAGUGGAUGGAGGACACUGAGCGCUGCUCUCGCUUCUCUCGGAGACACACUUCGGUUUCGGACGAUGAAGAGAAGAUGUCAGUGGGAAGCCGCGGCAGCCUCAGGCCGUCGGACUACAGCAGCUUCCUGGGUUCUGGUUCUCGGGCCUCCUCCAGGGCCAGCUCGGCUCGUGCCAGCCCCGUGGUGGAGGAGAGAACGGACCGGGACUUCCUGGACCGAGGCUCCAGGACCGCAUCCACGCUGUCAGCGGCCACUCUGGCCUCUCUGGCCGGGGCUUCAUCCCGCAGAGGAAGCUGCGACACGUCCGUUUCCCUGGAGACGGAGGCGUCACUCAGAGAGAUGAAGGACUCGCUGGUGGAGGCAGAGGAGCGGUACCGGCGAGCGAUGGUGUCCAACGCUCAGCUGCACAACGACAAGACCAUGCUGAUGUACCAGGUGGAGACGCUGCGGGAGGAGCUCAGCGACACCGAGGAGCUGCUGUGGGAGGCCCGACGGCACCGCGACGACACCAGCAAGGAGCUGGAAAGAGAGCGGCACUCUCACAGCGUUCUGAAGCUCCAGUUCAGGGACCUGGAGGACAUGCUGAGGCAGACCGAGGACCUGCUGACGGAAGUGUCGGAUUUGCGCCAGAAGAACAGUGCUCACUGUCAGGAGGUCUCUGACCUGCAGGAGGCGCUGCAGUGGAAGGAGAAGAAGAUCGGGGCCUUAGAACGGCAGAGAGAGGUUUCUGACAUCAUCCGGAUCGAGCGUGACCGGCUCAGAGGCGAGGUUGUUCAUCUGCGAGAUUCUCUGAAGAAACAUGGAGUGGAAUGUCUGGAUGCCAAUAAUGGAGAGGUGGUUGAGGGCGGGGCUGAGGAUGAUGUCAGCACAGAGUCUGGCGGGCAGCUGGAGGAGUGGGCUGACAGCGACAGAGAAGGCACUCUUGGGAGAGCUACCCUGGGUCCACCGGCAGAGGGCGGGAAACUCUCUGAUGAAGAUAUUAUGGCCCAUCAUGGGGGAGGGGGCAGAGACUUUCAGCCUCCGAGCUCCACUCCCUCCGUUAAAACUAUACAGAGCAGAGAAAAGCAGAGAAUGGGCCACAAACACCAACACAGACACGAGGAGACCAAAAGACAAAAGAACAGGAGAGAACAGAACCCAAUCAAGAGGUGUCCACCAGGAACCGACGGACACCCCCCUGCCAAAACGCUAAUCAAGGACCCGACGGUUUCAGCUGAUAGGAACGGCUCUACCGAGAAAGUUUUCAAAUCCAGACUUGUUCCUCCUCGACCUGCUAGAGAUAUUCUUCUGGACCACAGAGCCACAGUGCUGAACCUUCUAGCUGUCGAGAAGAAACCAUCUGCAGAAGAAACUACCUGUUCUGUUGGAGGUCUGGAACAGAGUUGUCCUUUGACUGGUCCGGAGAAAGAAGGACUGAUGACAAGCAGCCGGAAGAGCUCAGAGGAGGAUGCUGGUUCUAACAUGUCCUCCUUGACCAAAGAGCAGGAAGGGACAUGUGACGUUGGUACUCAGACCCCAGGCAACCAUCUGAGGGAGUGGGGACCACAUGGGAUGGAUGAAGACACUGUAGAAGAGAAAGUAGUACCAACAAGAUGGCCUGUCGGAGCUGAAGGCAGCUCCUUCUGCAAGGAUCAUUUAGGUCAUCCUGAAGUUCAGUGCUCUGAAACCAAACUGGAACCUGAAGGAGAUGGUCCACCUCAUUCUAGAGGAACCAGGAAAAACCUGAAAGAUUGGAGGAUCCAUGAGGCCAGAGCCAAUCAGAUCCUCAGAGGUUUCUUUGAACAUACCACAGGGCAGGAAUCAGACAGCAUGUUGGUUGCUGUGAGGAACACUUUUCAAGGAUUGGUCCAUCGUUGGACUUCUGUAACUAACAUGACCAAAGUCUUAUCAGAAGUUCUAAUCUCUCUUCACAAGUGGAUCAUAGAUCUGGACAACCUGAUGACCACUGGAGUGGAGUCGGACCAAGGAGAUGCAGGGCCAGAAGAACCAAUGAGACGCGUCUCUAAUCUUUCAGCAGAAGGAGGUUUGAUGCAUUUCAGACCAAAUCAACUCAGAGAAGAUCCUGCAUUUGUGGAAGUUCCCUUAGCUGGGUGGUCCACAGCACCGAGGUCGGUCUGGUCAGCCCCAGAGAUGCUACAGCCUUAUGGAUCCACAGACCAGGAAGAGAAACAGACCAUAAGAGAAGAAUCUGAGAUCAAAUCCUCCCAAGAAGAGGAUUUAGGAGACCAUCCAGCCAUGUCCAAUUCUGCUGCUUCAGAGACAGAAAGCUUCACGGAGGAUUUUGUAUUUGUUGAUUCAUAUUUUGCUGAACCGCUUCAGCCGUCAUUUAACCCUAAACCUCCCCUGGGUCAGCCAAGAGCAGAAGAUGGGAAGCUCCAUGUCGGACAAAGUUCUAAGGUCAGGAGGCUAAUUGAGACAACGGCGGAGGAAAUCAAAGCCAUGGCGGUGCCGGAGCUCGUGAUGGUGAGUCUACAGGAAGGAAGACAGCUCAACGGGCUGUCCUGGUUGAACGUUGGCUCCACCCAAGAGCAGCCGUCUGGAGACAUGGACAGCUGUGAGGAGGCUGAUGAGGAGCAGGAUCCUCCCCCCGGAGAAUAGUCUGGGAUCAGAGGAACGACGAACAGUCAGAAGGAGGUUCAACCGGCGAGCAGCACAAAUGCAGAAAUGGAUCAGGAAGGAGGACCACUGGACCAUAGGAGAGAAGAAGAUGUUGACUGUAAGCUGUCAUGAUUUCUCAGAUCCUCAGCCUCUAUUGCUGUUCAGCAUCCAACCUUCAUCCAACCAUGGUGCCUUAAACCAGUGGCCCCCCACCUUUUUCAUGCCACGGACCGGUAUGACGUCACACAAACUUUCACGGACCGCUCUUUCAAAUUUAGGCGGAUGAUUAUUGUAGCAAUACUAGAAUGAUGGAGGAUCAAAUACGUGACAAGACGAACCCUGUGCUUUUAUUUUGACAUCGCACAGGUCUCAUCAUCCUCUCGCUUUACUGUCUAUUAAAUGUAGCUUUCUUGUUUUGUAAGUGGAAGGCUCCUCUUCUGGGGUAAAACCUCCAACCAUCAUCCAAACCUCAACCAUCAUCCAACCAUCAUCCAGCCUUCCAUCAUGCAGCUUUCUCCUCCAUCAUCACUCAAUCAUUGAACCAUCAGGGAUGGACAGAUACUGGUGGAUCUUCUCACUGGUUUCAACUCUGUGAUGUAAGCUUCCAUGAUGUAUGGUGAUUUCUUUGGAUGUAGAAAUCUUGGGUUUGUUUCUGACCAUCAAUUUAUUGGAUGAUAUUCUUUAAAUAAAAAAAUUAAAGAAAUGUUAAUGAA